GAAAGUUGCGUUGCAAGGUCGAUAGCAAUCAAACCAGGCAUCAUGCCCGUCCGACAAAAGUCAUGGGGCCUUCCUGUAAGGCCCCCGGAUCGAACAGCAACGAUAAAAGCCGACGAGAACGAGCUUGAACAGCAGAGUAGCGAAGCUGCUGUUAAAUACUGGUUAUCAGAGGCAGAGAAGCUCCAGCCAGAGCAGCGCCUCUUCGAGCGAGGUGCGGAAGCGGACAGCUACGAAGACUAUGUGUCGGACUUGACCCGCGCAGUCCAGAAUACCACCAACUCGAGCAAAGUGUCCAGGCUCUCGAGGAAGAUGAAGCCGGUUUACGCAUUGGUAAAGUCAGUCGCGCCGCUGGUAGCCUCCGCGGACCAAGCCAGCCCAUUCCCGUCAUCUCUGGUCAUUGGAGGGAUCACUUGCAUUCUGUCAGCCAGCAACCGCGUGGACGACUACCAAGGCAAACUCAUUGAGAAGAUGGAGGAAAUGGUUGACGAGAUUGAUUCUAUCAACCAAUAUCGCAGAGAAGGGAUUUUCCAGGAUGAUCCUGGAAUCAAGGCAUGCGAACUAAACCUUGCCACUGAUAUCUUUCAAUUCUGCGUGAGAGUAGCACCCAUUUUCUACGAUGAAAAGGGGAAGGAAAGAAAUGGCCUUUCCGUGGCUAUGAAAAUGCAAUUCAAGGACUUCGACACCAAGUUCGGCGACAUCAUGGCACAUUUUAAACAACACCUUCGUGCUCUGGAGAAUCGGAGAGGCUUGAUCAACAAUCGAUGGACCAAAGAAACACAUUUCGGGGUCAAAGAAAUGGGACUCUUCAUGGGUAAAAACUCGCAGGACAAGAAGGAAGCGAUGGAAGAAAAGCUACGACAGCAAAAGCAAGAUGAGGACAACGAAAGAGCGCAAAGACGGAAAGAGUUUCUCGACUGGCUUCCCUUCAUUGACUUUGGAGAAUUUCACGACAACGCAUUUGAGAGAAGUGUUGAUGGUACAGGAGACUGGCUCACCAAGAACAACAACUACAAGGCGUGGAGUGACAGUUCAUCGUCAUCUAUGCUGUGGAUUCGUGGGAAGCACGGCUCUGGGAAAUCCCACUUGGCGUCCUGUAUCAUCGAAAAGCUAUUAUUGGAGGCAAAGACUGCUCCGGGCAAUGCUGUAGCAUUCGUCUAUUGUACAACCACACAGUCAAAGACCGAAAUGACACUCAACAACCUCUUGGGCUCCCUUCUGAGGCAGAUCUGUAGACAGCUACCACCAAGUCGGGAUGUCAAAGACUUGAUCUCGAAAGACGAUUACAGCAGCAAAGACUCUCCUCGGCGAAGCGAACUCAAGAGUGGCAUUCUGAAAGCUAUCUCGGCAUGCCACGCGAGUUCAAUCAUAGUCGAUGGUCUUGACGAAUGCAGCAAACUGAACGACAGCCACUUCAAGGAGUUUUGCGAUUUCAUUGCUAGUCUGGUAGAGAAGUCAGGUGCUGUCACAAAGGUCAUAGUACUGAGCAGACCAAAUUACGGCGAGAUCGACAAGAUUAUGGGAAAUGUCUCCUAUAUCAUAGAUGUCGACACAGGCGCCAAUCACGACGACAUUGAGAGAUUCGUAUCACAGACUAUCUCCGAAAUAAAUUCAGAGUCCUCGCAAGAAGAACUGCAAGACUUUGAAGAAAUCAAGAGCAAACUUGUCAACAAUGCCUCAGGAAUGUUCUUGUAUGUUCGUCUCAAAGUGCGAGAUUUUGGAGAUCUUGGGAAUGCCGAAGAUAUUAGAGCUUCCUUGGAAGACACCGUUGAAGAUCUGAACGAUUUGUACGGACAGGCCAUCAACUCAGUGCUUGAAAAGCGUACACCCUUCAGAGAAAGAGCACUAAUGGCUCUCAUGUGGAUCACAAACUCUCGUCGCCCAUUGUCGAAGAUGGAGUUACUCGAAGCUUUAUCGCUCAAGCUCAAGCGAAAUGGCAUCAGAAGUAGCCAGAGGCUAAAGAGCGAUUACCAAAUCUGCAGACAAUGUGCGGAUCUCAUUACUGAGACUGGGGGCUUUUACUACCUAAUUCAUGGAUCACUCGAAGAUUACCUGCUCUCAAAUUCUGUCGGCCUUUCUGAGUAUCGCGCACUACAAUCCCAGGCUCACGCUAUCAUAGCUGAGGCUUGCCUCAGCUAUCUCAACUUUGACGACUUCCAGAAGAAUCGUGCGCUAACGCCAAGCGAAUUGUUUCAGUUACAACAGCAAUAUCCCCUGCUGCACUACGCAUCAUCUCAAUGGGGAGGCCAUUACAAACGAGCGAGCUUACUCGGAGACAGAGGUUCUGAAAUCAGAAAGCUUUCUCUAGAGCUUUUGUCGGUAGAUAGCCUUGUCCAUUUAUGUCUCAAGGUUAUCAACUUACAUGAACUUGAUCCGGAGGAUCUCACCCCCGUCGAGGCUUACUUCGACUGGACGCCAACCGCACUUCAUCUCAUCUGCGCACUCGACCUGAGAAGUCUGGUUGAAUCGAUACCGCGCUGUGUAGAUCUCAUUGAUCAUUUAGAUCAUAUAGGAUGGGCUCCAAUCCAAUAUGCUCUGCACUUCAACAGUAAGGAUAUGUGCAUUUGGAUAUUGGACACUAUUCAAGAGAGACAAGACAAGCAAGCGCUGACCGACGAGCUUGUUGGCGAUAGAUACUGUUUGCUUCAUUAUGUAGUAGAUCGAGAUUGGGACCAUGCAUUGCGGCAGUUGCUUUCCUUCAACUGCGAUCCAGAUGUUCGGGACGGCUAUGGCGAAACACCUUUGCAUUGCGCAAUACAGCAUGGCUGCCAUCGUUCUUUUGAGAUACUACUUGCGGCGGGUGCAGAUGUCACCAUCGAGUCAAACGAUGGCACAACGCCUCUGAUCGAAGCCGUUGACAGUGGCGAGCUGAAGUUUGUCAGAGAAAUACUCGCUAAAAUCGCAGAUGUGGCAAGAGAUCCGAGUAGAGCUUCUCCUCUCAACUGGAAGACUCAGCCUGAAAACCUGCACAGGCAUGAGCUUAUCGACCACAGUCGGCACAAUGGCGAGAAUGCCUUUUUGCUCAGCUGCGCUCUGGGUCCUGGCUCCAUGGUGGAAUUGCUCCUCCAACAUGGCGCGAAUAUCAAGGCUUUGAAUGCCAACAGUGGAGGCGAAACUGGCCUGCACCUAGCCUGUACCGAAGGUCACAUCGAUGUUGUUGACGUUUUUCUCUCUCGAUGCGAGGCACCUGAACUAGUAAACGCAGAAGAUUUCGAAGGCUAUACGCCCUUAUACAAGACCAUCUUCUGUCAAGAUCUUGUAAUUGCAAUCAAACUCCUGGAACAUGGAGCACAGCCCAAUCACGUCAUCAGAAACAAAUACACACCUUUGAUGUUAUCGAUUUUUGGAGGGGCGUAUGAAAUCGCCAAAGCCCUCAUUGUCGACUACAAAGUGGAUGCCCUCUCACAAACUCACUACGACACCCCGCUACACUGGGCAGCCGAUGUUGGAUGGUCGCAGAUUCUCAAAAUCAUCCCGAAUAUGUCCAUUUGGUACCAAAAUCAGCACCGGAAACAUACACCUCUCCACGAGGCAGCUAGGCAAAAUCAAAUUGAAUUCAUGAAAGAAUUCAUAGGCCUGACUUCCACGGCGAAUUUAAUUCCCCUUGAUGAGUCUGGCGGAACACCGCUUCACACGGCUGCUAGAGGCGGUGCCCUAGAUGCGGUUAAAAUGCUAUUGAAGACCGAACCUACCUUACUACAUCUCAGAGACGACGAACAAUGUCUCCCACUACAUUUCUCUGCUAAUGAAGGACAUCUUUCCUGCACGAAACUCUUGCUAGUGGCAGGCAAUAUCAACGAGCGCGACGUACACGGCUGCACACCCCUUUGGUACGCCUGUAAAAGUGGACAUGAAGACAUCGUCCAGCAUCUUCUUGAACAGAAUGCCAACAUAAAUCUGUGCGAUAUGGAUGGAGAUCCCUCUAUCGGUAUCGCUAUUUUGAACUGCCACGAACGGAUUGCGAUUUGCCUUCUGGAUCGAGGGGCUGAAUGCCAGUCAAGGGGAUUCAAAGGCAAGACGCUACUCCAUCAUGCCGCCACCACGGGAAGCCAAGCCAUUAUUGAGCACCUGCUCAAGGCGGGAUGUGAUCCGUUAAUUGUGGAUGAUGAUGGGGCGACUCCAUUGAUGAGGGCAGUCUUCGGCGGCUGGCGUGAAGCUGUCUCUUUGUUGCUUUCGGCAGCCCCAGAAGCAGCCCAGAUUCUUGGUUGCCAAGGACAAAGCUGCGUGCAUAUCGCCGCCGGUCAACAAUCACCACAAAUAUUGGAGAUGCUGCUUGUCGAAAAUCGUCAGCAGCACCAAGUAAUAGACAAUUUAGGAUUGGACGCAAUGUGUCAUGCCGCAGAACGAGGAGCUACUGCAAUGAUCGAUGUUUUAUCCGAGUUCGGAGUUCCAAUUGGCGGCAUUGCGGGCACUUCUUACAACCCACUGUGGUUGGCAGCGGCUACAGGGUGCUCCCAGUUCCUCCGAGAGCUCCUCAACCACGGGAUCAAUCUUGAAGAAGAUCUAAGACGUUGUUGUGGUCUACGUGGCGCAGAUGCGCUUAAUAUGGCCGCUAUGAAUGGGAACAUGGAAGCAACUUACGUCUUACUACAACUCGGCGCAGAUCCAACAACAAUAAAUCGCUUGGGCCUAUCCGCCAUUGACUAUGCUUUCAGCUUCACGUUCCUUAAGCCGCUUUUCAUGGCCUGGCUCCCGACGCCCCGCUCUUUGUCCAGAAAAAACCAGCUGCAAGCUCUGCGGACGGCUAUCAUCGAAGAUUGCAGCGGGUUUACAGAUAUAGUUGUGGAGGACUUCACAAAGACACAUUAUAUAAGUCUCUUGCGGAAUUUGCGGGACGAACUCGUUCUUUUGAACUCAGAGACAAGUCGGCAACAGUUGCAACUCCUUGUUGCCUUACAGUUUCAGGCCACUCCCAGUUUGUUUCGUUGCUUUUACAGAUGUGACUGGCGGCCAAAAGAGAACCCUGGCAGCACUUCCUUUCUACAUUACGGGAAAUUGGAUUGCUCUAUACUUUGCACUCAAUGCCAUCAAGACCACAUGAGUUAUGUAAAGAGUGGCCAGACUCCCUUGCUCAUGUUUUUCUUCAAUGAGUUGGAGAGGACUACUCUACCUGUACUAGAAGUGCUACAAACCUCGUGGAGUAAACAGGCUUACACGCUUUGGAUAUGCCUAAAUUCCUUGGAGCUCAUCACCGAUUGGCUCGAAGCAAUCACAGAAGCCUAUCCGAGGUGUAUCAAGAGAAGUAGGUUUUCCGCUCGAUUUUCUUUCCUUGAUUUCCAUGGCUGGAGUUUGGCCGAAACCCUCCAGCGAGUCCAACUGUCUGAGCUAUUUCGAUACGGAACAAGAGACUGUUCGGAAGUUGAUGUGAGAAAACGACAAAUCGUUGAAAGCGAACUCAAGGGGGACUUGAGCAAGCUCAUUCCAUUCGCAAGCCCAUACAUCGAAAUUUCCCAUUUUUACGAUCCGGGGGACAACUACAUCGGAUUCCCCGAAACGAGUGCCUCGCCACCCCAAAUACGCCGUCAUUUUAAUGAGCAAGGUCAAUUAUGCAAGAAUAUCUUCGAAGAAAUAUCGGAUCAUUAUGCAGGCCUAGAUUUCAGCAGCGUAUACAAGGCCACGGAUUUCGAUUCAAAGGCUUCUCCUCCAAAUGAGCCAAACUCGUCAGCUGAGCCAUCAGACCAAGAAUUCGAAUCAUACGAGUCAUUUGAAGAAGAGUUCGAAUCUUAUGAGCCGUUUGAAGUCCAGUUCGAUACUAUGCGUAGGGUACUAGGGCGCGACAUCACGAGCUUCCUAGCAAUCUUCCUUCCAUCUGGUGAAAGGGAAUCUAUUCUUUACGACAGUGCUGAAGAACUCCUGAGGAAACUGUCACUAGUCUACUUGAAACGCCAAAGGUUGCGUGAAGGAAGCGUGGAAUUCAAAAAGACAAGCAAUCAGAUCGAGGCAUACGAGCUUUCAUGGCGGCUUGUUCAUGCAAUUCUGAACAUUGAAUAUACACAGCCGGUUUGGGACUUUUGGCACGAAAGGGUCGCUCGUAAGAAUGCGGGAUUACAGGAUCCAGGAACCAGUCAACAGACUAGAACAGCCAAGCAAGCUUCGGAGCAGAAAGCCGGGUGGUAUCCAAGGAUGGCUUCCACAUAUCUAUAUUCUGAGCUUGGCUGA